AGGCUGGCAUCAACUUUCAUCCGGAAACACCUUUGAAAUUCAUAUUGGGACUUUUGGGUUCAAAAGGCGUGGAGGUAUCUUCGGCGGGUCCAUUUAAGUCACAUGACCCACUGUACAGCCCCACCGGGAAUAUUCCGAAUGAAUUUGACGCUAGAAAACGAUGGAAGAACUGUACGACGAUCGGGACGAUUCGCGAUCAAGGCAAUUGCGGAUCUUGUUGGGCGUUCAGCACUUCUGGAGCGUUUGCCGACCGUUUGUGUAUAGCAUCGAACGGGUCAUUCAAUCAACUUUUGUCGGCCGAACACGUGACGUCUUGUUGUUACCGAUGCGGUUUAGGUUGUCAAGGAGGUUAUCCGAUCAGAGCUUGGCGAUAUUACAGCAAACACGGUCUGGUCACUGGAGGAAACUUUAACUCGUUUGAAGGAUGUCAGCCGUACAUGUUUCCGCCGUGCACGGGAAACAACUCUUGUAGCGGUCAAUCGGAAAAAAAUCACAAAUGCCAAAAAAAAUGCUUCGGAAAUACAUCGAUUUCCUAUAGGGGCGAUCGCAGAUAUGUUGAGAGAUCGCCAUAUGUCCUGGCCUACGAUAACAUGCAAAAUGACAUAAUGACUUACGGACCAAUCGAGUCAUCUUUUGAUGUGUACGACGACUUUAUAUCGUACAAGUCGGGUGUAUACUUCAAAUCGCCCAACGCCACGUAUUUGGGAGGCCAUUCCGUUAAGUGCAUCGGAUGGGGAGUCGAAAGGAACGUGUCCUAUUGGCUGAUGAUGAACUCGUGGAAUAGUACUUGGGGAGACGGAGGAUAUUUCAAAAUACGGCGUGGUACGAACGAGUGCCAAGUCGAGGAUUCGUCAACUGCUGGGGUGCCGGAAUAUUAUAAAUAGGGCUGGGAUAACAAUAAGGUUACAGAUUUCGAGGUAAGUGAAAUAGCAUUAAUAACCAGAAAACAUACAAAUUCCAAUAAUUUUUAAUUUCGAACAUACGACAUCAGGGAAGUGUGAAACAAAUUUAUAUCCUACUGUGGAUGCCAUUCUUCACCAAAAAAGCAAAUAACAUUUGCAAAUCAAACAUUUGCAUCCUAGCCUCGAACUCAUUAUAAUUUAAGUUUUUAAGUUUUCGAACGACUGCAUAAACAGUUUCGUAUACGUGCAACUUUAUAUUAUACUAUUAUAAUUAAAAAUAUAUUAAACAAUUAUUUAAUUAAUUAAUUGAUUUUUGUUAAGUUGUUAUGAUUUAAUAUUAUUAUCAUUUGUUAAAGUAUUGAUGUACAUUUUGAAUUAUUUAAACGCAAUAAUUGUACGUAAUUAAUAUUAUUAGCAAUUAAAAUAUAAUAAUAAUAUUGUUAUA